GUCACGAUGGCAGGGACUGAGCUCUCCGUCCCUUCUGAGCAGUUUACCAAAAUCAAAGCAUGGGAGUUGAUGCCACCAAAAACCCUGGAAGUGGUGCAGGAAGAGGGAGCGUGCAGAGGGAGGGAACACCUGGGCCCCGGAAAUGUGGAGGCCCAGGGCACCUAUGGGCUCCUCGAGGCCAAGAUGCUGGAGGGGGAGCGGGGGCUGGUGCUCACCACGGAGGAGACCGAGAAGCACAUCGUGACCCUGCAGACGGUGCACUUUUCCUCCGAAGACGUGCAGCUACAGGACGUCGGCUGGCUGACACCGCAGGGCUGGGAAGGGGUGCAGGGGGCGGUCCGGCAGGCCAGCGGCAGGGAGCAGUCUCUGCUGUGGCUGGACGAGGGGUCCCAGCAGUGCGUGGCCAUUAGCAUCCAGGAAGACGCGUACACUUUGCAAGAGCUGGAGGUGAUGCAGCUUCACGUUCUGGAGGGCAGUGUGGCCGCGGCCAGCGAAGACACCAAGUUUGUGGUGAGCUUGGCCGAAAGCACCGGGUGGGUCAAGCUUGAGAAAGGUCAGGGGGAGGACCAGCCGUCUGCUGAAGGAGGGUUCCGCGCCCAGACCCAGGAGCGGUUCUUUCUCGUGGAAGCCAAGCCUGGAGACGAAGGAAGUGACGAAAUUGUUCUGACAAUUUCAAACUUAAACGUGGGAGAACAGGAAGACAGACCUGCCUCCGGUCAAGGCCAUGUUGAAAAAGCCAACUCUACAAACAAUCAGAAAAAGGCAAAGGAAGCAAAACGACCCUUCUGCUGUGAUAGCUGCGUGUUCACCUCUUCUAGAAUUUCGAGUUUUAACCGUCAUAUGAAAACUCACAGCACCGAAAAGCCCCACAUGUGCCACCUGUGUCUGAAAGCUUUCCGCACGGUCACUCUUCUGCGGAAUCAUAUCAACACUCACACAGGAACCAGGCCCUACAAGUGUGGUGACUGCGUCAUGGCAUUUGUCACCAGUGGAGAACUUGUCCGACACAGACGUUAUAAACACACUCACGAGAAACCCUUUAAAUGUUCCAUCUGCAAGUAUGCCAGUGUGGAAGCGAGCAAGCUAAAGCGACACACCCGCUCACACACGGGGGAGCGUCCUUUCCAGUGCAGCCUGUGCAGCUACGCCAGCAAAGACACCUACAAGCUGAAGCGACACAUGAGGACACACUCAGGUGAGAAGCCCUACGAAUGCCACGUGUGCCACACACGCUUCACGCAGAGCGGCACCAUGAAAAUACACGUUCUGCAGAAGCACAGCAAGAAUGUCCCCAAGUACCAGUGUCCGCACUGUGCCACCAUCAUCGCAAGGAAGAGUGACCUGCGUGUCCAUUUGCGCAACCUGCAUACUUACAAAGCCACAGAAAUGAAGUGCCGUUACUGUACCGCCGUCUUCCACGAACGCUACGCCCUCGUUCAGCACCAGAAAACCCAUAAAAAUGAGAAAAGGUUCAAGUGUGAAUACUGCUCUUACGCCUGCAAGCAGGAACGCCAUAUGACCGUUCACAUUCGUACCCACACCGGAGAGAAACCAUUUACCUGCGUCUCGUGCAAUAAAUGUUUCCGACAGAAGCAACUUCUAAAUGUGCACUUCAGGAAAUACCAUGAUGCAGACUUCAUCCCGACUGUUUACCAAUGCCCCAAGUGUAGCAAAAGCUUCUCCCGCUGGAAUAAUAUGCAGAGACAUUCCGCGAAGUGUGACGCGGGCCAGGCAAAGCCGGCCGCCUCGGGCAAAGUGAGAAGAGUGAAGAGGAGAAAGCUGGCCGUCCUGAAAGAGGCAGGAAAGGAAGACGCCCCAAAAGACACCACUAAGGAGGUCUCUGCUGUGAGCGUGAAGCAGUACCCGGGAGAGACGGUUCCAGUCUGUUACGGAGGCGUCGCGGUCGGAAACCAGGGCCUGGACGAAGACCUGAGCUGUGAAAUGAUCCUCCAAAUGAUGGACAAGUGACAGAGCUUCCCAGUUCGCGUUCGUAGCAGUCCAUUCUCCAACAAGUUCGAAUUUUGCGGCAUGUUCUUUGAAACAAGUUCAUGACGAUGGACGGUCUCGGUCUUUCCCAAGUGUGAGGUUAGUGCCCAGAAUUAUUUGCCUAUUUUUUUGGACUGGAUAUUUAAACACAAAAAACACUGCAGGUGUUUCAUAAAAGGCCCAAAUCUUGAAUUGGAGGAUAAAACCUCAAAGCUAUGAAUUCACUCACUUGAUCCUGCCGAGGUGGCCUGCAAUGAAGGGGCCAUGAUUUGGGGCCGUAACAGUUAUGCAGUUGUAGCACUAAGACUAUUUAGUGCUUCAGCAAACAGCCAAAGCUGGGUACUUUCACCAUUACAUUUCUUUUUUUUUUUUUUUUUUUGAGUUUUAAUUAAUUUUUGAGAGAGAGAGAGAGAGGGAGACACAGAAUCCAAAGCAGGCUCCAGGUUCCGAGCUACAGAGCUCGAACCCACGAACCGCGAGAUCAUGACCUGGGCUGAAGUCUGACGCUUAACUGACUGCGCCACCCAGGCUCCCCUCACCGUUAUAGUCCUGACAUGAGUUUUUAAACCUAAACAACUAGUUUGAUACCGGUUUUUAAAAUACAAAUGAAUUUUCCAUAAAAUUUAAAGGCACCGUAAUACGUUCAAUGCGUUCUCAAUUCAACGAGAGAGAUCGUAAUGUUUUAAAAAUAACCGAGUGGAAAAUGACGAUGCCUAAUUAUUUUAGUUUGGUGACUGAGCAAGGUACAGUUUGAGAGUUUGUAUUCUUCCUAAAUUAUGUUUUUUGGCGGGCGUGAAGUUUUCCCUUUGGACACUCACGGUCACUGCCCAGCAGGUCAGUUCGUCUCUCUUUUGUUUCGCUGAAACUACUUCGUUUAUAGUUUUUAAGUAAUUAGCGGAGAGAGAAGAAAACGUGAUGAAAUGUGUACCUGUAAAGAAUUUAUACUCUGUGAUGCCCUGUAACGGGCGGGGGAGUGUUUCUCUUUCGCCAGUUGACGAGGCUUUUCGCAAUGCCAAGCAUUAAGCGAAAUGCCUCGUUAGAACCUAAAAGUAACUAAUACCCACCUUCAUAGAGAUAUAUUUUUCAUACUUUUCUUCUUAGCUCAGCAGCUGCUUUUGCUCUGAACUUCCCCCCUUAGUUUAACUUCAUUGAUACGGGUCCCAAAUUCCAGUUUCUUGGCUUGAUUGACAUAGAAUGGGCAAAUAAAAUUGGGAGAUAUUAAAAAUGUGCAUCAUGAUGAUUUGAUACGUGGGUACAUUGUGGAAGCGACGCCUCCCAUCGGUGAACUAAAUUCAAAUUCUUAAGGUGCUGGUCUGCUCUCCUAAGCCCAGAGCCCGGUGUCCUGGGAACGUAGAAGCCCUUUCCAGCCGGAUGGGCAUUCUUUUCAUGGUAGCACAAUAGUUGAGUUCACAUAGUAAGACUUGAACCCUAUGGUCUCUUGCAUGCCGUCAUUGUGACUAUUUGACCUCUUGUAACACUUCCUUCCUCUUUGUUGUUUCAAGAUGUUUUGCAUAACUCAAUAAAAUGAAAUGACUCAAAAUGGCUCUCUUUGUUUUACGUGAAUGGCGGUUCUUAAAAACGUGGAUGUGGAGAAACUGGA